AUGACAUCAAAUUCAUCAUUGAAUUAUCCAGCUGAAUAUUAUUAUCCAGAAUUUCUUGAAAGUCGUCCAGAUGAUCCAUUAAAAUCUCCUUCAUCACGUUUACCAAUAACAACAUCUAUUGAUAAUGGUAUUGGUUCAUCAACACGAGUUUCAACAUAUAUUGAAAAUAAAAAUGAAACAAAAACUAAAAAAACACCCAUCAAUACAAAACAAUCAGUUACUAAUAUAGCACAUAAUGUUGUUAUAGAUCAAGGCUUACCUGAUGUUGAUAUAACACGAUCGCUUAAAAUUGAUCCAAAAAAAAAUCUUUUACGUGAUCCAGCUGCAAGAAAUAUUCCAAGAUUAAUUGUUGAUGAUAAUGUUAUUAAACAAGCUGUUGUUCGAUCACCUAAAAUAAUACCAACAACUAAUCUUGAUGAUAAUUUACAACAAACAACAAAAGUUAAUCAAAUCAAUCAAAUACAACAACCUCUUCCAUAUAAUUAUUUGAAUGGAAAUUUAACAAAUAAAAUACAACCUUAUGAGCCUAUAAAACAAUAUCCUAUAAGUUAUGUUGAAAAUCAACAACCAAUUGAUGAUUAUUGGAAAAAAGAAGUUUUAAUUGAUAAUGAAGGUGUUGUUACUAUUGAACCUAUAAAAUAUAAUAAAGAUACUUAUGAUGGUCCAUUUGGUUUAACACGUAAAGGUGCUUUUGUUUUCUAUAUUGGUAUGGCAAUAUUUACUAUACUUGCAGGUGUUUUCUUAAUUAUGACUGGUAUAUUUUAUGCUCAAAGUUAUCCUGAUAGUUCAUCAAAUACUGGUAAAUUAACUGGUAUGUGUAUAUGUGCAUUUGCAUUUUAUCUUGGUUUACAGUUAAUUUUAAUUGGUUUAUGGCAUCAAAAAUAUCGUCAAGAAAAUCCAACACAAAUUAUUGAAAAAUCAAAUAAACAUAAUGAUUCAUCAAGACAUUUAAAAUCAUCUAUGGAAAAUAAUGAAACAUAUGAUUAUACAUAUCAACAACCACAAAUUGAUUAUACACCAUAUGACUACUACUCUAAUCCACCAUAUGUUUCAAAUGCUAAUGAACAAAUGUUAUUACAACAACCAGGUGCAGCAACAGGUGCUGCUUUUUAUGAACCAGUUGUUUGGCCAUCCAAUGUUGAAAUUGAAACACAACCAGAUUCGAAAUUUCUUCAACCUAUGGAAUGGUCAUAUGGAACACCAUUAGUCAAACCAACAUCAUUAACACCAGCACCUAUAUCUUCAUCGAUUACAAAUAAUAAUUCUGAAAAUAAAAUUAAUGAUCAUUAUAAUAAGAAAACAGUUGUAGCUAAUCCACCAAAAGCUAAAUUUGAUAAUCUUUUUCCGAAUUCAACUGUUACAGAAGCACCAUUACCAGUAUUAACUAAAGCACCGGAAACACAUGAUCUUGUAAGAACAAUCAUUGAUCAAGAAAAACAUAUUAAAAAAAAUUUACCGAAUGGUAUUUUAAAAACAAAAAAAUCUAAUCGAAUAAAACUAUUCGAUGGUGAAACUGAAAGUUCAACCGUAAUCAGUUCUGAUCACCAUAGACAUCCUUCACGUCAUCACCGUCGACAACAUCGUCAUCAUGCUUCUUCAUCAUGUUCAACAUGUUCAAGUUGUUCAUCUAUUGAUCUCUAUAGUGAUACUAAUUAUCAUUCUCGUCAUUAUCAAGAACAAUAUUCUGGAUCAAAACCUAAUGCAAUUACAGUACAAGCUUCAAAAACACAUACACGUACACCAACAAAAACAAAUAAAGAAAUCUAUCAUGAUACUGGUUUAGAAGAUAUACCAAAUAUUCAAGAUAAUCAUCUUGAACAAAUUCCUGUUGUUCGUCGUACAAUUAUAGUUGAACCAUAUCCAGGUCAAUCCAAUUCAGACAUAGUUAUUAAAUCACAUACUGAUAUAACGGGAAAACAUCGUUUCAAAAAAAAUCAAAAUAAUUCAACAAAUACAAAUUCUAAAACAAAAAGAAACACAAUAAAAAGUAGUGAUAAUACAAUGGAUGACAUACAAUUAGAAGAUGUUAAUGAUGAUAUAUAUGAUAAUGAAAAUUCUAAAAAGAAAAAAACAAAUAAAAUCUCAUCAAUAAAAAAAGUUAAUAAUGCAUAUUAUAAUUAA